AUGGCUCGCCAGACGAGCAUAGUGUCUUUCUCAUUUUGUCCUCCCACUCCAUCUGUAGUCCUUCGAGAGCUAAACGUGUAUGACUGUAAUAGUACUGUAACAAGUUCUCAUACUACUUCAGGCUCACCUACAACCGGUCAACCAACCUCAGAACCACAUGUAACUGUUCCACAACGAGAGUGUUCCGGAAGUUUGAAGUUCUUGUACACAACUAAUAUUGACCGAGAAACAGUUGAUUUGCUAUUGAAUGAGACCACCGUAUCAUCCGGUGAUGAGUGCGCACAGCUCUGCUUUGACCUCAGAUGUGGAUUUGCCUUCUACAAGCCGUCAGAUAAAUUGUGCCGAUUUUCGCCGCAUACUGAAGACGUUGUGGAUCAUUCCACUUGUGAUGUGUCCAGUCGACACUAUAAGACCACCAUUCCUGAAAACGAACCUCUUCAAAUCACCUGUGUAUCCUGUGAUAAUCAGGCUGCAUCAACGACCGUUGUUCCAGAGAAAGUUGACUCUAAACCACCACAAACAGGAUUUGCUGUCGACACUCCGGUCAGUGUUCACAAACAGCCAGAUCAAGCGGUUCCGCCACUGAGAACAUCUUAUCCAGCAUGCGUAAUAAAUUUCCAAUUAGAUGAAGAGGCAGACACUUUGCAUUUUAAUCAUUAUGAAGUGGAGAAAGUGAGAAGUGUGAACGACUGUGCGCGAAUCUGCUUCCGAGGACGUUGUGCUGCUGCGGUAUACUCACCUCGAAGAGGCGAGUGCCUGCUAGGAGCGGAUUUCAAAGACAGCUGCUCAAACGCUGACGCAACCAUACGAUAUCUUAAGCAGGAAGAUGUCAAAAUACAAUGCUUCCGUUGCAGUUCUCCCAAACAUUUUGAGAAAGAAUUGGCUCCGACAACUGCUACAACAACGGAGGCCGUGGAAGUCGCUCACCAAGAGGAUCGAACACAGAACGUCGUUCAAAACGAAGAGACUCCACCACCAAAAACCUCCACUGCUACUACUCAUCUCCCGGAGGAGACAUCGACCGCAUCAUCGUCAGCUGCUGUCGGCUCACAUACACCACACCCAUCCACAGUCGGUAAAAGUACGUGCUAUCACAUUGUAGACUAG